GUUGAGAUGAACCAGGAGGAGUUUAAGAUUAAGGUUCGAGAAUCUGCAGAUAAAUUCAAGGAUAUGGUUCAGAAGAAUAGAGUUAUGAUUUUCUCAGCAACAUAUUGUUCAUAUUGUACUGUUGCCAAGCGUACUUUAGAUGAUAUUGGGACCAAGUAUGGAAGUUUUGAAUUAAAUAAAGCAGAAGAUGGAGAUAUGAUGAUGAAUGUGGUGUCAGCAGUCACAGGAAACAGAAUGGUUCCUGCUAUAUUUAUCUGUGGUCGGCUGGUACCUGGAGGAGGAUCAGGGUUAAAACAGCUUGCUAACACCGGUCAGCUUACAGAUAUACUGCUGGAGUGCUGUGAGGGAGAUGUUACAUGCUCAAAAUAUGAUCUCUAGCCAAACCUGACGGAGAGAGAGAAAGUAGAUCAGUAGCUAACACACGAAUCAUACAUUAUAUUUCAGGGGUUUAUAUAUUUUUUGAAAGAAUUAAAUCUUUUUAAAUAUGGAAAAUAUGAGCCCCUGUUGUAUUGUUUUAUUUGCUAGUCUUGAUUAAAAAUUUUACAAACAAAUUUAUUAAUUUCAGAAUUGUUAAUUAUAUUUAUGAAGAGAUAAAACUGAAUAAAAAUGGCGGUUCAACUCAAGUAUAUUGAGGUUGACAACUUCAAGUCCUACAAGGGAUACAAGAAGAUAGGUCCCUUGAAGCCCUUCAUGGCUGUGAUUGGUCCCAACGGGUCCGGUAAGUCCAACUUCAUGGACGCCGUGUCCUUCGUGAUGGGGGAGAAGACGAACCCGCUGAGGGUGAAGAGAUUAGCGGAUCUCAUACAUGGAGCAUCUGUUGGUAAACCUAUCUCCAGGAGUGCCUCUGUCUCGGCUAUAUUUGAAUACGAGGACGGCAGAGAGCGGAAGUUUACACGAUCUAUCCAAGGAUCGUCGGCAGAUCAUAAGAUCGACGAUGUUCCAGUCACCUCCCAGAACUAUCUCAAGGAGUUGGAAGGAAUUGGGAUCAAUGCUAAAGCAAAGAACUUCCUCGUAUUCCAGGGAGCAGUGGAGUCCAUUGCUAUGAAGAAUCCUAAAGAGAGAACUGCGCUGUUUGAAGAGAUAUCUGGUUCUGGAGCUCUUAAAGAAGAUUACGAGAAAUCUAAGACGGAAAUGAUGCAGGCCGAGGAAGAAACCAAAAUGACUUAUCAGAAGAAGAAAGCUAUCGGAGCAGAGAGGAAGGAAGCUAAAGCGGAGAAGGAGGAAGCGGAGAAGUAUCAGAAGCUCAAGGACGACAUGGAGGAGAGACAAGUUGAGCUCCAACUGUUCCGUCUGUAUUACAAUGAAAGGAACAUAGCUACCUGCCGGGAGAAGAUUGAUCAGAAGCAGAAGGAGCACGACAAGGUGGACAAGAAGAAGGAGAAGGCCGAAGAGGCUGUCAAGGAGAUAAAGAAGUCUGCUGGUAAGAAUACUCGUGAAUAUGAGCGUGUAAUCCAGGAUAUCAGGGAUAAGGAAGCAGAGAUAUCUAAGAAGAAACCUAGUUAUAUCAAGGCUAAAGAGAAGACUGCUCAUAUGCUGAAGAAGGCUGAAGGAGCAAAGAAGAGUUUAAGCCAAGCUAUCACUGCUCAGGAGUCUCAUAAAUCAGAUGUCCAGGAACUUGAAAGUAAUCUGCGACAGAUAGAGAGGAAAAAGAAUGAGUUUGAGAAGGAGAUGAAGGACGAGAAUCAAUCUCAGGGUAGGUCUGUAGAACUGGCAGAUGACCAGGUUGAGGUUUACCAGAAACUCAAGGACAAGGCAACUACUGAAUCUGCCAGGUACAUGUCGGAGCUGGACUCGAUCAACCGAGAGCAUAAAUCUGACCAGGAUAGGUUGGAUAACGAGCACAGGAAGAAACUGGAUAUUGAGAGUAAACUCAAGAACAAGGGUCACGAGAUGGAGGAGUGUCAGAAGAGAUUAACCAAGCUUGAAGAUCAUAUCAGAGCUAGUGAGGGGGCGCUCAAUGAGCAGAAGAAGACCUUGAGUGAGCUGAAUGUUGAUGUUGGAUCCUCCAAGGACAAGAUCAGCGACCUCCAGGCUCAGCUGGACGAGGUCACGAACGAGCUCGGAGACGCCAGGGUGGACAAGCACGAGGAAAACAGGAGGAAGAAAAAACAGGAGAUCGUAGAGAACUUCAAGCGUCUGUUCCCGGGGGUCUACGACAGGAUGAUCAACAUGUCCCAGCCUAUUCACAAGAAGUAUAACGUUGCUAUCACCAAGCUGUUGGGACGGUAUAUGGAAGCUAUUGUUGUUGACACUGAAUCUACAGCUAGGCUCUGUAUCCAGUAUCUCAAGGAUCAGAUGUUGGAACCUGAAACCUUCCUUCCUCUCGACUAUAUCCAGUUCAAACCCUUGAAGGAGAGGUUGAGAAACAUCACCUGUGUGAAGGGGGUUAAGCUCCUCUAUGACGUGAUCAAGUACGAUAUCCCGGAUAUCAAGCACGCAGUCCUGUUCGUAACCAACAACUCCCUGGUCUGCGAGACCCCUGAGGACGCUAUGAAGGUUGCGUAUGAGAUGGAGGACGGACAAAGAUACGACGCAGUUGCGCUGGACGGAACCUUCUACCAGAAAUCUGGAAUUAUCUCCGGAGGUUCGGUUGAUCUCGCCAGGAAGGCCAAACGUUGGGACGACAAGCAAGUUUCAACACUAAAAACUAAGAAGGAGAAACUCUGCGAGGAUUUGAGGGUUGCAAUGAAGAACUCUCGUAAAGAAUCUGAAAUUCACACAAUUCAAUCCCAAAUUGAAGGAAAAGAGGCUCGUCUCAAGUUCUCUCUCACUGAUAGAGAUUCUACAAUCAAGAAGAUUGAUAAACUAACCGUGGAGAUGGAUAAGCUCCGAGAGGACCUGGAGAAACUGAACCCUGCAGUUAGAGAGAUUGAGGGCACCAUGAGGAAACGUGAGGAGAAGAUCGAGAACACAAAGGAGAAGAUGAAUACUGUCGAGGACAGGGUCUUCAAGGACUUCUGCAAGAAGAUCGGAGUAAAAAAUAUUCGUCAGUAUGAGGAGAGAGAACUGAGAACCCAACAGGAACGAUUAAAGAAGAAGGUUGAAUAUGAAAACCAGAUCAACAGGAUCAGUACACAGCUAGAGUACGAGAGAAAGAGAGAAGAACAGCUGCUGCUGAACGUGCAGAAGUUUGAGAGGAUGGUACAGGAUAUUGAGGAUCAGAUGGAUACUGCUAAAACUGCCGAGCAGUCCCAGAUGCAAGAGAUAGAUCACGAGAUGAGAGCUGUGGAAAGUCUUAAGUCACAGAAACAGUUUCUCAAGUCGGAGGUUGAUAAAAUUGAAGAUGAGGUGAACAGUGCUAAGAAAGAUCUCUCUACAGUACAGAAGGAAUUGGCUAGUAUCAGCAAACAAAUAAAUCAACUUGAGAGCACGUUAGAUUCUGAGCGAGCACUCCGUCAUACUAUACUAAAGCAGUGUAAACUGGACACUAUACAGAUACCUAUGAAGAAGGGAAGACUAGAAGAGAUUGAUGAUGAAGGAGAUGAUCCAAGUAUCGAGGUAUCCAGCUCUCAGCCCAGCCACGUGAUCUACGAGAAGGAGGAGAAGAUCAAGAUUGAUUACUCCGGGUUGACGGAUAACCUGCAGGACCUGGAUGACGGGGAUGAUGUGAGGAAGGUGGAGAAGAACCUAGAGAAGCAGAUCAAUGAGGUUGCCAACACAAUACAGAGGAUACAGGCCCCGAACAUGAAGGCAAUGCAAAAGCUUGAGGAGGCGAGGGAGAAGCUGCAGGAGGCGAACAAGGACUUCGAUCAUGUUCGUCAGAGAGCGAAUAAGGCUAAGAUUAAGUUCGAAAGCGUAAAGCAGGAGAGGUACAACCUGUUCAACAAGUGCUUUGAACACGUCAGCAACACUAUCGACGGGAUCUACAAAGCGUUAGCGAGGAACCAGUCCGCUCAGGCUUUCCUAGGUCCGGAGAACCCUGAGGAACCCUACCUAGAAGGUAUCAACUACAACUGUGUAGCUCCAGGGAAGAGGUUUCAGCCUAUGUCUAAUCUAUCUGGAGGAGAGAAAACUAUUGCUGCUUUAGCUCUACUCUUUGCUAUUCAUAGUUACCAUCCUGCCCCGUUCUUUGUGUUGGACGAGAUAGACGCUGCUCUAGACAAUACCAAUAUUGGCAAGGUUGCUGCCUAUAUAGAGAGCCAGAGAGAGAAGAUGAAUAUUAUAGUUAUCAGUCUCAAGGAGGAGUUCUACUCUCACGCUGAUGCUCUGAUUGGUAUAACCACUAACACUGAGGAGAUGCAAGCCACAGGAGCUCUUAUUUCGAAGGUUCUAGGUCUAGACCUAACUCCGUACCAGAAAUAUUAAACCUCAAAGUACAAACUCUGUAAAUCAUGUAAUUUCUCGCAUUUUUGUAUGUAACCUUUAGUUAAGACUUCGACUAGUAUUACUGUUGCAUGAAGCAUUGUAAAUCAUAUGUACCUCUAUCUAUCUUAUCUUGUAUCUCCGACAAUACGAGAAUAAAAUGUAAACCUGUCUCAGAUUUCUGUAAUAAAUUCUUAAAAUGA